AGUCAACCGUCCAAGGAAUCGUCCAAGACAUUAUCGACGAAACCGAGGACUCGCUGUUCUGGCGAUUCAAGAAGGAGCCGGAGAGGACUUACAUCAAGGGGAAGGUGUACGAUUUCGACGAGAAGAAACACGGCGCCAGAAUGACCGAGGAGUUUUUGAAAAAGCACUGCAAGCAGCAUAAACUUUAUCAAACACCGCAUCUGAACGACGUACUUUAUCUUCAUUACAAAGGUUUCUCUUUCAUCGAGAACCUCGAGAAGUAUACAGGCUUGAAGUGUUUGUGGCUGGAGAACAACGGGAUCAGGGAGAUCGCGAAUCUGGAGAAUCAGAGCGAGCUCAAGUGCUUGUUCCUUCACAAUAAUUUGAUCAGCAAGAUCGAGAAUCUCGAGUACCUGACCAAGCUCGACACUCUGAACCUCUCUUACAACACUAUACGAAGGAUUGAGAAUCUCGAUAGCCUCAAGUUCCUGAAUACUCUAAACCUGUCGCACAACUACUUACAAAGUACCGGUGACAUUGAGCAUCUCCGAUUGCUGGACAGCCUCUCGGUACUGGAUAUUUCUCACAACAGGAUAGACACCGACGAAGUCGUUAAUAUAUUGGGAGACAUGAAAGAGUUGCGCGUCGUGUCCCUGAUGGGAAAUCCGAUCCUGAAGGCGAUCAAACUGUAUCGCAAGACUAUGAUCCUCAAGUGUAAGAAUCUCAAGUAUCUAGACGAUAGGCCGGUAUUUCCAAGAGAUCGUGCCUGCGCCGAGGCUUGGAUGCGAGGGGGGCCCGAGGAAGAGGCGGCCGAGAGGAAACGGUGGAUCGAGGCGGAGCAGAAGAAAAUCAAUGAUAGCGUGCUCGCCCUGAUAAACAAAAGGAAGCAGUGCAAACCGGUCGAGACGUCCGAAAAGGAGGCGGAGGAUAAGAAAAGGACGAAGGAGGACGAAGAAGUAGCCGCGACCACGGUUGUCUGCACGAGCGACGAACUGCUCAAUCUGGAGAAGAAGAAAAAGUUGGAGGUGUCCUCAUCCUCCGACAGCUCCUCCGCGUCCUCGUCGUCGGGCGAAGAGGAGGACGACGGGCCGAUGCAAAAAUCGAGGAUCGAGAAAAGUGACGGAAGGAGGCCGAUGGCGAUGGAUGAAGGAGGGAAAGCUUCUUCGCCCGAUCGAGGGGGGAACGAUAUUUUGUUACCCUGGAAAACUCAGGUUCCCGCUCGUAAGAGCGUUAAAAAGUUGGUAGAGGUGAUAGAGGAGGAUACGAAGGAAUUGGUGGCUGGCGAUACGAUACGAGAGCGGACGACGAUAGGGAAGGGAAUUUUAGAAGAACCAAGUAUCGAUGAUUAUCCAUCGAUCGAUGGCGAGAUACGAGGGAGUAGGACGAACGAGAUUACUCCAUCCUGCUCCGAAGAGCAAGGAAAGUUUAAAAGUGUCUCGGUUUCUUGUAAUAUUUCGGGCGCGAAGAGCGAUGAAAGGAAGAAGGAAGGUAAUAUAGCGAGCAACGAAUGCCCGCCCAAAGAUAUCCUCGACAAUUAUCGAAGAAGGGACGAUCCGCAUCCUUUGAGCGGCCAGUUGAGCAGUAUCAGGGAGGACAUGAAGGAGUUCUGCGCCGAGAUGGACAAAUUCGUGGAGAAGAACAAGUUCGUGUUGAAGGAUAGCGAUAAAACGAGGAAGGGGGAGUCAUCGGCGGGCGAGGAGAAAGAUUCGUUCAAAUGGUGGGACACGAAGGAGAGGAAGUUGAAGGUGAAAGAGAUCUUGAGGCAGAGAGAGGAAGCGGAGAAGAGAUCGAAAAAUGUCAAGAGGGUCGAAAUUGUCGAGGUCGAUAAAGAAGAAGAAAAAGAAGAGGAAGAAAAAGAAGAAGAAGAAGAAGAAGAAGAAGAAGAAAAGGAAGAGGAAGCUUCGAAGAAUGUUAAAGAAGCGGUUAAAGACGAGAAGAAGGUUCCAUCUUGCCAAAGUGUGUACGAUCUAUUGAAUCUGAAGAAGUGUCCUCAAAUUUUGUUGAAGGAUGUGAAAACUCGUGCUAGAGCCGACGAAGACGACGCCAUGUUAAAAUGCGAAUCUGUGAAAAACGAUAAUAGCAAGGAUCGCCUCUCGGGAUUGUACAAUUCUUUGUUCAACGAGAUGAAUUAUAGAAGCGGGAUCGAGAAAAAUCGAUCCAGGAAAUCGCUCAGUUCCCAAGAAUUGUUGACAUUGGAGAAAAUAGACGAAACCGCCGAGGAGACAACACGAUCCGCGAGUUGCAUCGACAUAAUCUCUUCGGAUGUCGAUAAUUCAGAGAUAAUCAGCGUUAAGAGCGAGCCUGUUAAUGUAAAAAUCAUGGAAACGAGCACCGCCAACGUAACAUCCCUAAAUUCCACCGACGACGAGAUAUCGGACAGCGAGUCCGUUAAAACAAUAAUUAACAAUUACGAUAAAUCAACAAGAGAAAUCGACGAAGAGGCAAACGCGAGUACGAAUGAUAUACCAGGAGAGCCGGAAGAGAAUAAUCGCGGACGAGACAACGUCUCUGAUAACGUGAAAAUUAUCGAAGCGCAGAGCGACAACGAAGAAGUCCAAUCGUUAGAGGCCGCGUCCGAAAAGGACGGGAAGGUGUCCUCGAACGUUGAAAAAUCGACGAUAUCUUCUAAAUCGCAUAAAAGAUCGCGCGAUUGCGAAUGCCAAGACGUAGCCAGUAAAAAGUUCCACUUGAUCGAGGAGAUAGACGGCGAGCAAAAUCCAACAAGCAGCGAAACGACGGUGGAUGGUAUAUCUGAAAAGUGCAAACGACAUUUCAUAAAAGAGGCGAGGGAGUUCGUGAAGAAGGAAUCGCCUCUGAUAGACCAGUGCAUAGAGGAUUUAAUAAGUAAAAAAUCGAAGGGGAAUUGGGAUUUGAAGAAUAAUCAAGAGGACUUUUUAACUUGUACAGCUUUGAACAUCACCUCUGACAUAUUUUCCAAUAAAACUUCGGAGAAUUCGGACAAGAGAAUCGGUUCAACGUCGGACGAGCAAAAUCGAGCGGCGGAGGCGAAAAAACUUUUCAACGUUCAAAAUUCUGAAGAUAAUCGAGAGGUUGAAAAGUCAGAUUCGUCCAUCGAUAAACAAGUUGAUAUAAAAUCGAUUGACAACCUUUUGAAGCAGUCAACAAUUGCCCAAAAGCAGUCAAAAAUGUGUACGGAUCUGUACAAACAAUUUUGCAAGCAUCUGGAGGAGAUAGACAGUAAAAGAAAGCUUUUGAUCGAGCCAGACUUCAUGAAAAAAAAUAAAUCGGAUCAGGAGGAAAAGAAACGUGACGCUCUAUCGCCAAGGGAGACCAAACAAUCGAAAGAGGAACAAACAAAAUCAUUGAUCGAGGUAAUUUCGGAGGACGCGACCACGAACGUGGAGGAACUCGAAGUUGAGAAGCUAGAUCUCGAUUCUGAUCCUGUCAUGGAUGCAGAGUUGAAAGAUAAAAUAUUAAAAAAUAUUAAUACUCCGAAAAGCGAGGAGGAAAGAGAAGAGGGGAAGAAAUCGGCCGAUAAGUUGAUGAAGAUUUCCAGGGAAGCUAUGGCCAAGGGGAAAUCGUUGCUCGAUCCAUCUUUCCCUACCUGCGGUCAGAAAAACUAUUUCAAGGACAGUAGGAGAUUUUUCAUGAAUUUGUUAGAGGAUGAUUUUUCUUCGGAAAAAGAUGAGGAUCCAGCGAAGAAUAAUAUCCAUGAAGAAUAUGAAUCAGAAUCGAUCAUGUUCAGAGAGAAUUCCGAGGCAUUGAUAGAAGAAAUGGAGAAAUUAUCGUCGAAGAUGAUCGAAGAUGACGGUAUACAGGGUAAUAAAGUUAUUGAUAUUGAAAAAGAAAAUGUUGCGAUUAUUUCAGAGAGCUCUGUGAUAAAAAUAGAAGAAAUCGAGAAAUUAUCACCGACCGAAGGUAACAGUAUUCAAGAUGGUAAAAUUCUCGAUAUGGAAAAGGAAAACGUGAACAGAGUGAGGAAAAGUUUGGAGAUGCAGAUUGUCCAAGGAAACUGAGGGAGGAGAAGCUGGAGGGGAUC